AGGAGUGGGCGCAGGAGCAUGGAGGUCUAAGACCUGUUAUCAGCUCUCCCGGGUGUGUGGCCUGGGACGUGUCACAGCUCGGCUCUGGGCCUCAGUGUCCAGUCUGCAGAUGGCCCUUCUUCAAACCAAUAAGGAUCUCAUUGCUACAGGAAUAAAGGAAUUUAACAUUCUGCUAAAUCAGCAGGUCUUCUCUGAUCCUGCUGUCCCUGAAGAAGCCAUGGUGACUGUGGUGAAUGACUGGGUGAACUUCUACAUCAACUAUUAUAGGCAGCAGAUGGUGGGGGAACAGCAAGAGCAGGAUAAGGCUGUGCAGGGACUUCGGCAAGAGCUGGAUACUCUGUCUGCCUCUUUCCUGGACAAAUACAGGAACUUCCUGAAGUCCUUGGGAGCACCCGAUCACAGGCUGCCUUCCUCCUAGCCAGGGGACCCAGGCUUGUCUGAGACCCUUAAAUGCUGCCUCUGUGUUCUUCAAGGCCUCAGGCUCUGCUCCUUCAUGGUGUUACUGCACCCUGACACCUCAAUAAAGACCAGUACUUGUUUUGAUGGUU